CGCAGGUUGCAGCAGCGCCGGGCCUCAGCUGAUGUUGUCGUCGUACCGCCCCUCCCCCGUCCCGACUCCGCGGCGGCCCGGCGCUGCAGGCCCGUCGCUCCAGCCUCAGCACCCGGGACUGCGGAUUCCGUGACCCUGUCUCGGGCCUUUGCGCGCCGGAGCAGCUCGGGACUGCGCAGCGCCCCGCGUGCCGACAUGGGGAAGUCUUUUUCUCAUUUGACUUUACAUUCAAAUAAAGAAGAGGCUUAUGAUGGAGUCACAUCAACUGAAAAUAUGAGGAAUGGAUUGGUUAAUAGUGAAGUCCAUAAUGAAGAUGGAAGAAGUGGAGAUGUCUCUCAGUUUCCAUAUGUGGAAUUUACAGGAAGAGAUAGUGUUACUUGCCCCACUUGUCAAGGAACAGGAAGAAUUCCUAGGGGGCAAGAAAACCAACUGGUGGCGUUGAUUCCGUAUAGUGAUCAGAGAUUAAGGCCAAGAAGAACAAAGCUUUAUGUGAUGGCUUCUGUGUUUGUCUGUCUGCUUCUUUCUGGAUUGGCUGUGUUUUUCCUGUUUCCUCGCUCUAUCGACGUGAAAUACAUUGGCGUAAAAUCAGCAUACGUCAGUUAUGAUGUUCAAAAGCGUACAAUAUAUUUAAAUAUCACGAACACACUAAAUAUAACGAACAAUAACUAUUAUUCUGUUGAAGUUGAAAACAUCACUGCACAAGUCCAGUUUUCAAAAACAGUUAUUGGAAAGGCACGCUUAAACAACAUAACCAGUAUUCGUCCACUGGAUAUGAAACAGAUUGAUUACACAGUACCUACUAUCAUAGCAGAGGAAAUGAGUUAUAUGUUUGAUUUCUGUACACUGAUAUCCAUCAAAGUGCAUAACAUAGUACUCAUGAUGCAAGUUACUGUGACAACAACAUACUUUGGACACUCUGAACAGAUAUCCCAGGAGAGGUACCAGUAUGUCGAUUGUGGAAGGAACACAACUUAUCACUUGGGGCAGUCUGAAUAUCUAAAUGUACUUCAGCCACAACAAUAAAAAUGGAAAGACGUGCAGCUGGGGAAGAAGAAAUGUCUGUUGCUAUUUUCCAAACUCUGAAGGAUGAGGUACUUACUUCCUGAUAAAUCUUAAAUUGAACAAACCUCAAGUUUACACUGUUUUAAGAGUACAGCUAAAAGUAUGUGGACUUGCAGGUUAUUGCAACUCUCCACUCUGUGUUUAUGAGAUUUGUACCAGGAUCUUUUACUUGAAUCUAAAGUUACUGAUUGAUUUUCUUCCCAACCACCUGUCCUCAAAGGGGAAAACUGAGACUUCCCUUAUAAUAACAAUAAAUAAUUAUUUAAAAUUCACAGCUCCAAUCACUACUGAAAACAUAACUUUGGUGAUGAGCAUAAUUUGAGAAACUUUGUUUCUGAAUGUUUUUAUAGAAUAUUACUGAGCACCUGUUAUUCAUGGAAGACUUUUAAAGAAUAACCUUUUUUCCCUGUUUUAUAAAUUCUCAUUGCUACACGGUAGUAUUUGAACUAUUAUGAUAUUUUAGCUUUUAGCUAAACAUUUUAGUUUUUCAUUUAUUGAAAUUCUACUCAUUUGCAUGAUUUUAUCAGUCUUAUUUCAAGCCAGUCCUUCUGUAACACUUAUAAACCAAAAUAAUCUUUGCAAAAUUCUGUACCUAAUUUUUAAAAGCCCCUAAAUAAUGUUUCACGUCUUUCGUUAGUUAUAAUUUUGUGAAAAUUUUUUUGUAAUCUUUAAACAUAGUCAUUUAAUGUACAAUAUUGUAAAUAAAUUAUGCAUGGCUGUUAUAUUGUAGCUUUAAUAAAUGUCAAAUAAAGUGGUACAGAUUCAAAAUAAAGUAAGUUGCUCAUAAAAUAAAUAAAACAGGAAAAUGAAAUUCAGAGACCUAUAGAAUGUGAAUAUGGUUCCAAUUACAUAUUGGAUCAGGUAUAAAGUAGAUUUGAAAUAAAAUAUUGUGAAGCUCCACUUU